AUGGCGGGGAGUGAGAGAGGUCAGCCGGUCUCACUCCGUGAAUCUUCCUCACCGGCCUUGGUUCAGGCAAGAAUCACCCUGCCAUGCGCCGGUUUUACACUUGGACAGGGACUGAUCCGCCUCCGCAGCUCGGAUCAGGUGCCGAGUCCCACGUGCGCGGACCCACCGGACGACACGCGCCUGGAGUUCAAGGACUUCAAGCGCGAGGCCCGGACCUUGGCCGAAGAGUUCUUUUGCUCCCAGGACGUGGAGGGGAUGGUGGCUUCCGUGAAAGGCUUGGGAUGCUUGCCCUUCCAUGAUGAGCUUGCAGCCUUACUUCUGAGAGCCUCGCUGGACCAGAAGGAUGCCACUAGACAAUCCGUCAUCCCGCUCUUGCUGACGCUCCAUGAGAAUGAGCUGCUCUCCACGGCCCAGUUGGCCCGUGGCUUCGAAAAGCUGGUUUUAUCCUGGGAGGAUUUGCAACUGGAUGUUCCUGGAGCCCCAGGGCUCUUGGUCUCUUUGCUCUCCUCCCGCGUGGGGCUUUUCGAUAAGAGCCUCUUUGCUCGGCUGCCGGAAGAUUUGUUGGCCAAGGUGGUCGAGGAUCUCCCCAGCAACCUGGCGCAGCGCACCAUUCAGACGCACCUUUCAGAGCUCACAGCUUUUAAAAUCGAGCUCCACAGCAAGAUUGAAGAGCAGUUGUUGCGUAUGGGAACAGCGGACGGCCUGGCAGCGUGGUUGCGGGAGGAGUGCAAGCCGGCUUUCCACCAUGAGGUGGUGGUCGCCGCUUGUUUGAGCUCCUUCGACGGGCGACCCCAUCCCGAUGCCUAUUGGACCAGCUGCUUCGACCCUUCGGACCUGCGCACGGAGAAGUGUCGGAUGAUCCUGGAUGCCUUGGUGCAGCUCUCCACCUCCGAACACCUCUUGAGCGAGACGGACAUUCAAAUCGGUUUCUCCAGGGUCUUGGGCAUCGUCACCAGCGAGAUGGAGGUGAAGGAGACACGCAGCGAGUUCCCACAUCUGGUGGCCCUCCUUCGUGGAGCCGUGGAAAAGGAGCUCCUGGCGGCACAGUUCCUGAAGCUCGCGCGGCGCUUGCACUACGGCGGCCCGUUGGGCAUGCAGGCGCUCCGCUGCGCUCAGCGGCAGACGCCCUUGCACUCCAGGCGUGUGUGGGGCACCGGCGAUUUGCGGCAGAUGCGUGCGGAGAUGCACGACACCAUCGAGGUCUGUUUGGUUCGCGCGCGCGCGCGAAGGUUUGGGGCGGUGAAGUCGGUGUGUGGAUCGUGUGUUCAUGGGCUCCAAGUACAUCCGGAAAAGGUGUUGGGAGCCCUUCUGGCACCCGGGUCGCCCAAAUAG